AUGGCCUCAGAAGCAGAAAGAACAUUCCAUCGGUUUGCUGUCUUUGGAGACUCAUCCAGCAGUGGUACUGAGAUUAACAACAAGAACUUCUCCAAACUCUGUAAAGACUGUGGCAUCAUGGACGGCAAGGCGGUGACCUCCACAGACGUGGACAUUGUGUUCAGCAAAGUAAAGGCCAAGAAUGCCAGAACCAUCAACUUCCAACAGUUUCAAGAGGCGAUGAAGGAGCUGGGCCAAAAGCGGUUCAAGGGGAAGAGCAUAGACGAGGCUUUGGAGGGCGUUUAUAAACUCAUGGAAGGCAAGGACCCUGCUACCACUGGUGUCACUAAAGCAACAACUGUGGGUGGAGUAGACCGACUGACGGACACCAGUAAGUACACGGGCACCCACAAGGAGCGCUUUGACGAGAGUGGCAAGGGUAAGGGCAUCGAGGGACGGGAAGAGACCACAGACAACUCAGGCUAUGUGAGUGGCUACAAGGGGGCUGGCACCUAUGACCAAAAAAACAAGUAG